AGGUCCAAGGGGAGGGGGCGGACUUCAGGGCAGCCAUGGAAGCUAGCGGUCCUGCACUUGUAAAAGGUAAAGAGCUCCUAUGUGAGAAGAGACAGCAGCCCUCAAGCCCUCACGUCCUCUGUGAGUUCACCAGUCCUCCAGCAUCCUUCCACCUGUUGUGCACAGUGCCUGGCACACAGUAGGUACUUAAUAGCUGUUUAUUGAGUGGGGGUGGCUGGGGGACUCAGCCGGUUAGGCAUCUGACUCUUGGGUUCAGCUCAGCUCAUGAUCUCCCGGUUCUAGAGUCCCAGCCCCAAGUUGGGCUCUGUGCUGACAGUGCGGUGCCCGCUUGGGAUUCUGUCUCCUCUCUCUCUGCCCCUGCCCCUGCCCCUGCCCCUGCCCCGUGCACUCUCUCUCGUAGAAGAAAGCACAAACCUAGCAACCCACAUAAAACACGUAUGUGGCUUGUGAAUUAUUAUUAUUAUUAGCUGAGCCCUCGGUAGAAGCCCUCUUGUAACCAAAAGGAUUUUAAACCAAUUCACUCAGAUGAGCGUCCCCUAGGCUCUAUGAUAUAAAGUUUUCAUCUCCUGGGUAGUCUGCCCCCCUUUUUCUUAUUGUUUAUGUGUGGAGGAACGUGGGCCUUUGAGAUGCCGGAUCUCCCCCCCGGGUCGGCUUGUGGUCGAUCACACCCUCGUGCCAUUUCGCUUCCUGAGCCAGCAAGUGUUGGUGCCUCAUGCCUAUAGCUGCUGAUUCACAGGGGUGGCAAAAUGGGGAUAUUCGAAUUCUGUCAUUUAUUUUCCUUUCUGGGUCAGAACGCAUUUAUAAACAGGUGUUUGCCUUCAUCUUCCCAGUGGGACGGCUUGUCGAGGAAGGGCAGCAUAGUGAUCGAUUCUUUCCCUUUGUUUACCUGUUUGCAUGAUUAAUGUCUUGGAACUGUUUCAUUGUAUCUUUUUUAAAAAGUUUAUUUAUUUUGAGGAGGAGAGAGAGAGAGAAGGGGAGACGGGGAGGGGCAAAGAGAGAGAGAGAAUCCCCAGCAAACUCUGCACUGUCAGCACGGAGCCCGACGAGGGGCUGGAAAUCACAAACCGUGAGAUCAUGACCUGAGGCCAAAUCAAGACUCGGAUGCUCAACUGGCUGAGCCACCCAGGCACCCGUCUUUAAGUUUAUUUUUGAGAAAUGUCUACAUGCAACAUGGGGCUUGAACUCAUGAUCCAGGCUGAGGCAGCCCAACGCCCCACGCUGUUUUAUUGUAAAGAGCCUCACUUUUGCGUGGGCCGGCUGCUUUCAGGGCCUUUGUCGUGUGCACGCCUGGAAAGUGCACGACACACCUGGGGCCAUGGCUCGACGUCGUCGGUAGAGACAGUGCUCCCAGGGGCCUGGCGUCUGCCUUUAUUAGGGUCAAGGGGGGUGCGUAGGGUUUCAGGGGCCAGCUCCUGGGGAGUUUGACGCACAAGCGUGUGGAGAGAAAAAACAAGGGACCCAAACGGUCAGCUAUCCAAAUCAGCCGAGAUGUGUACAUUCAAGGCGCCUGGGUGGGGUCAGGGGACCUGCUCCGGGUGCAGUGGCGGGCUGGCCACAUGCCCUUGGAGAUGGUGUCUCUGCGGCGGACACCUCGGCAGCCCGAGCGGCGGCCAGACACUUGCAAGCAAUUGUAGCGGAAGCCUUUCCACUAGCUGCUUCCUGGGCCCUUCUUCAGCCUUGGCUUCCCCACCACUUCCUCCUGGAAGCUUCCCUGGGCCCCGCAAUCGCAUGUGUCUUUUGUGCAUCCCCAGAGAAUUUUGGCUUUCCGUGACCAUAGGACUGACCUCCCAGACUGCAAUCGUCUGUUUAUCCCUCUGCCCACUUCCCCUGCCCCCCACGGCCCUGUGCCCCGGUCCCCUCUGUUUUCCCGGUGCCCACACGGUGUCAGCAUAUGAGCGGGCCACUGGGAGAUGGCUGUUGAACAAAUGAGUGACAUUCAGACAUGACCGUGUCAUUCUCCUCUUGCGCUCAUGCUGCUCCCAGCCGACCCUCCGCCCGUGCAGCCACUGCCACGGCUUGAGAUCCCUUCCCCACCCUGGCUCUCGCCCAAUUCUCUGUCUCCAUCAUCGGGCAGGAUGCACAGCGAUUCUUGCUAUUACUUUUAUCCCCCCCUCAAACUGCUCUUAAAGGAUGAGAAAUCUGUUCCCAUAAAACUAAGAACAAUUAAGUUGACACUUGGUUCUGCACUCCGUUUGACUUCCUCUUUUAGAAUCAGUUUGGGGAAGUACAACAAAGUUCCUGUUCACAUUUCCCUACCACAGUAGCCUUUGGAAAGUUCGGGCUGCCCCAGGCUCCCCGUGAAAGCUUUCCUUAGUGGGUACACAUGGCAUUCCCUGGUCCCCUGGACCCUUCCCUGGGCCUGCCCUGCAUCCCUGUUUGCCCGAUUUCCCAUCCCCCCAUGUUCCGAACUGCACAGUGACACUUGAGCACUUCUGUUCAGUGGCUUUACCUCAUCUGAUGCCAUGUUUCUGCGACAGGAGUUUAUUGAAUCAUGCAUUUUCCUGUCUUUCCUGAAUCAUCCCCAUGAGCACACAAACGUGCUGUUAUGUUUCUAAUCUUUGACGAUGAGGGCUUAAUCGCACUGCUCUGUCCCUCUUCUGAGUGGCCAAACCUCGCCUCAGAGAGGCGAAACCAAGGCCGGGUGCACCUGCCAAGUGCCUGUUCCCUCCUUGUCCCAACCCAGCGCGGAGUGCCUGCCCCAUUGCCGCAGCCUCACAGGGGUUUUCGGAGGCAUAACGGUAGAUCUCUUGUGAUGACUGGCCUUUCCCCUUUCAAUCGGCGCUUGAUUGGGUUCUCUGCUGCCUCGGGUCUCCAGUUCCCUAGGCAGUGAGGGAGCUGAGAACUCUCCCAGAUGGUGGCCUGUCGUUCUACAGGGGUCUCUUGGUCUCAGCUGGUGGCUUUAUAAAUGUGUCAGGCCCAAGAAGCUAGAGAUAGAAAGGACUUCCUGUCCCAGUGGUCACCAUGCCUCCUGGCAGAAGCCCUCACUUCCUGCUGUCGCACACACCACCGCUCAGAGGAGCUAACCACAGCUAUAAAUCUGCCCCUUGCACUUGCCAACUGCAGCAUCAAGUGUCUCCGCUGGAAAACAGCCCCACCGUCGGCCUGUCGGCCUGCUCCCCUGGUCUGUGUCUGGUUCUCCACAGCAGAACACAGGGUGCCCUAAUGCCUGGCGCAAGCGCUGGUUCGUCCUCCGGCGGGGCCGCAUGAGCGGCAGCCCGGACGUCUUGGAGUACUACAGGACCAAGCACUCGAGCAAGCCCAUCCGUGUGAUCGACCUCAGCGAGUGUGCAGUGUGCAAGCACGUGGGCCCCGGCUUCGUCCGGAAGGAAUUUCAGAAUAACUUCGUGUUCAUUGUCAAGACCGCUUUGCGUACAUUCUAUCUGGUGGCUAAGACCGAAGUAGAAAUGCUGGUGUGGGUGUACAGCAUCAGUCAGGUCUGCAACUUCGGCCAACUGGAGGAUGGUGCGGAUUCUGUGGACAGCUUCUCGCGCAUGCCCCCCUCCCUGCAGCCAGCCCCUGCCAGCUUCCUGCCCGCGACCCACGCCGUCAGCUCCUCCUUGCCGAGUGACAACCUGAGCACAAACACCGGUGCCACUGAGGAAAGCAGGAGUGAGUCCGAGUCUCUCUCCCUUCCUGAUUAUCUGAUUCUGUCCGACUGUGAGACCGGAAGACCACGUCACACCAGUCUACCCACCAGAUGUGAUAGCUGGUCAAACUCAGACCGCUCGUUGGAACAGAGUUCAUUUGAUGACGUUUUUGUUGACUGCCUGCAGCCCGCGCCCCCCAGUAACUUGGUCCACCCCUCACGCCAUGGGAAUGGAUCUCAGAAGGUGCCUUCCACGAAGCCUCAGGCUGCCCUGAUAUGGAGUAGAGAUAUCAAUGGGCCAGCCAAGGACCACUUUUCUUCAGCAUUGCUGGAAACUUCCUUAAACCCCACCGUUCAGGUAGAUAAAAACCAAGGUUCCUUGCCCUGUGUGGUAAAAGAACCAGACAUUGUGUCCAACGUGCCACCGCCCCGCCCCCCUAAGCCAAGCCAUCUCUCUGAACGGCGCCAAGAAGAACAGGUCGUGUGGAGUGGGCAUGGCGGCAUCAAGAAGCCAGAGUGCACUAUGGCAGCGAGAAGAAUCUCUCUCUCUGGUUUAGAUAACAUGAGAACCUGGAAAGCUGAUGUAGAAGGCCAAUCCUUAAAACACCGAGACAAGCGGCUUAGUUUAAAUUUGCCAUGCGGGUUCUCCCCGGUGUACCCCACAGCUUCAGCCAGUGCCGAAGAUGGCUACGUGCCCAUGGGCCCACAGGUGGCCACCUCUGCUCUUAGAACCCACUGCGGCCAUGAUGACUACAUCCCCAUGAGCCCCGGGAGCAUCUCAAGCCCACUGCCUGAGCUACCUGCAGACAUGGAGCCUCCCCCAGUGAAUAGAGAUCUCAAGCCUCAGAGGAAACGUAAGCCACCACGGCCACCCCCGCUGGACCUGAGCCACCUGUCCACCAUCCGGGAACACACGUCUCUAACCAGGACCCGCACUGUGCCUUGCAAUCGAACCAGAUUUCUCUCUCCAGAAAGAAAUGGUAUUAAUUCUGCAAGAUUUUUUGCCAAUUCUGUUUCCAGAGAAGAGGAAGAAAGCUACAUCCACAUGAAUCGCAGGACGGCCAAGUCCCUAAGCAGUGGUGCUCUGACCUGGACAAAGAAAUUCAGCCUGGACUAUUUAGCUCUAGACUUCAAUUCUGCGUCACCAGCCCCUAUACAGCAGAAACUCUUCCUUUCAGAAGAGCAAAGAGUGGACUAUGUCCAAGUGGAUGAACAGAAGACACAAGCCCUCCAGAGCACGAAGCAGGAGUGGACGGAUGAGAGGCAAUCGAAAGUGUGAGAUAUGUGCUUGGGCCAUGUGUGGGGCAAGGAAGCCCGCGGCUUGCUCUGGGUGUCUUUUGCCAGGGUUGCAGUGAUGGUCCAUGCAGGCCAGGAAUCAGAGACAGUAUGUCACUUCCGUGGACUUGGCCAGAACCUUUGGGAGAGAGGAUCUAUUCAUCUACACUGAAUGGGGAGAAGGAAGAAGUGGUCUCCUGGCCCCACCCCCAUCCCACCCGUCUUGGCCGUGUCCCUCUCCUACCACAUGAGCCCAGAGCCUCCCAGAUGCUUAGAGUCGGCUCCAUACCCAUAAGAGGCGGCCAUGGACUGUCAUGUAGAAAACUCCAUUCAGGUAUGGUAGGAACAAGAAAAGCAAGACUUGGGACAAUAUUUUUCCCAGAGCUUUUAAGAAUCUCUCCAAUGGAGCAUUUGGAGUACAGAUUCGAGCCAGUAUUGCUACCAAACAGAAUCAUUUGACUCUAAUGCUUGCAAAUUCCGACCUUUCUUCUGUGUUUCCAUUGAAUCAUAAAUCAUCCUGGCGGAGAGGCUCCUGGAGACCAUCUUGUCCCAGGCCCUGCACACAUGGUUGAGGAGAUCAAACCCAGAGGUGGUGGCAGAGUUUGCAUUCCUUACUGCAAAGACCCCAACAGACGAAUCAUUUCUGUCCCUAGCGAAAGACAGGUCAAGUGAGAGGGGCAGUGAGUCCUGGGCUCUGUGGUGAGCGUGUCAGAGGACACUAGUGGCGCUAAGGGUGUCAUGGCCGAACAGCUGCCUGCGGCUGGGUGUUCCAUUGCUGCCAGCCUCUCAGCACGUUUUCACAUGCGUUGUCUCAUGCCUUCUCAAAAACCUCCGAAGCGAGGCUUGGCAGAGAACGUUGCUCCCACCUGGAAGCAAAUGACAGCCAGAGGAGGGAGCAGUGUGCCUGAGAUCACUCGCAGAGCCAAGGCCCAGGGUGAGGUCCCCUACAGGCCCAUUCCACCAUCUUCCACUACCUCUGAGGAUUUUGAUGAGAUCUAGGAGUUUGGCCAACCUUGGGGACGUGAAAAACACGUGCAGACACGAGAUGAGUCAUCAUCCCCCCUCCCUUUCAUAGGAUUUUGAACAGGUGCCGUUCCUACUUGACAAGUAUGCGUGCCAAGCCGGCUUUUCUUUGUGUGGUGUUCCAAUGGGAGGCCCUAACAUAAUCAGUGGUUACCCUGAGCAAUACCUCCUGACCGUCACUGUGAAAGCCAUUCUUGGAUCAUGUGGUCCCUUGCACGGUGUUUCCCGCAAACCGGCUGGGGGUGGCAGAAGAAUUGUUUGCCACCUCAGGGAAGGCACAAAUUGUCUUUGGCUGUCCUAUGCUGGCCCUCAGCUUUUGAGUGAUAGUUGUGACCAGAAAACAAACAAACACAACAGAAAAAGCUUUAAACAAUGAAUUCCAUUCUCAAAUUUCCUGGCGAAUUUCUCCCUUCUUCUUUAGUGAUGGCUAAGUCCUGAGAGCAAAGGGCACCACUGUGUAGUGAGGACAUCGUGUCACUCCCUCCUUUAUGGGGCACUGGGGUUCAGGGGGGCCAGGUGAAGGUCUCAGUCGGGCGUGGGGUUGUGUUUAAUGGCCCUUCCCGAUUCUUCCGAGCGCCUGUAGCCAGAAGACAGAUGUGAACAAGCGGGAAUGAAGCAGAUACAGGUCCGCCAUUCUGACUGGCAUUGCGUCUCAUGGAAGGAAGGCUUAAGGGGCAGGCCGGUCUAUGGCAGUCAGGCUCGGUCAGGGAAGUUGUAGGCUCUGCUGUGGGGUUUUAGGGCUCAAAAUGCCCAAAGGUAAGUAAUGCCAGUCUGGGCUUUUCAGACCGUAGAAGUAAUUCUGAUGUUCAAAGCAACAGGAUCUGGUGACCUCAUUUUCUUCCUGGAGUAAGUUGGGGGGAAAUGGUGGAAUGCUUUCAAUGACAUAAGAAUCCUCAGUGAGCCCAGAUGGAGAAAUGCGAGCCCCACCCCCCCCGCCCCCUGCGGCCAGCUCCGUGUCACAACACACAGGCCAGAGCCUGUAAGGAGCCAUCUUCUUCCCUCUGUGACUUGCAAAGAGUCACAGAGCCUCAGGCAAGAAUCCAGGGAGCUGGACUGUCGGUUCUCAUAGAUGGUAACUUCCUUGUGUGUGGGGCACCUGUCUUUAGAUCCCGACGAAGGAGGCUGGUGCAGCAAAAUUGUGUGCGCAAGUGUCGAGAACCACACCAGACUUGGAAUAGAUCACAGAUACAGUGGAAAUUAUGUCCGUAGUGAAAUGUCAUCCGAUUGGCCACACACACACAAAAUCUCUUUCUACAUAGUAUUUCCAGGGAAGUGUUGACUGCACGAAGCAACACACACGACUGGUGUGACUUGUUUGGAAGCCAUUAGUGAGGCAUUAACAAAACAGACAACCUCACCCUCCUUUCCAGGAUGUGUGUGAUUAUGUCUGGCUUCAAUAAGACUGCUAAUGGAUGCUUGCCCCAAAGCCCAUGAUCCGGGGACACAAAGUACAGGUAAUUUUGAGCUGAUAGCAGCACGUGCUCCUGAGAAAGCACCACAAAUGAAAAUGCUACUGGCCAAACCCUGUUCUCCUGUGGGGAUAAACCGUGUGUAAUGGGGCUGUGAUUCUGACCAGGGUCUGAGGUUUCAGCGUUGUUUUGUUUUGUUUUGUUUUUAGUAGAAAUGAUUGCAGGUACCAUUCCGAGUCAAGCACACAUGGCGUGUGUGUCCACUGUGUGGGGCACACCUUCCCAGGAGAUAGCAGGACAUUUGAGCCCACGUUGUUUUCUGCAGUUCCUUUUUGCCUGGUUUUUCUUCCAUCUCAUUUCUUUAGGAAAUUCCUCCAGAUCAGGGGUUGUGCAGUGCAGAAGUGGGGGAGGAGCCCCAAGGCCCAGGACACAGCUUGGCCUCAGAGGCACAGAGUCAUCCUGUGCAGGCCGAUGUCCUAGAGCAAGGACAGGCUGAACUGUGGCCUUUAGAUCUGAGUCAAGACAGAAGGCUCCCCUCAGGCCUGGCUUUCUCCUCCCAAGGCCUUCUCCAUCCCUGUCAAUUCCAUCCUUGUACCCACAGUCGUGUUGAUCUUAAAACACUCAUUAUGUUUUUUACUGUUUCAUUUCCGGCAUUAAUAAAAGUCUUAUAAGGAAGAACCACA